AUGGCGCACCGGGGGCCCCCGCGCGCCCCGAAGGGGCCCGGCCCCGCCGCCGAGCCCCGAGCCCCGGCCCCGCCGCCGCCGCGCUCGCGCGCGCUCGCGCCGCUCCUGCCGCUGCUGCUGCUCGCCUGGGGCGGCGGGGCGCACCCCGAGCUCGGGCGCCUGGGUCCCCGCGCCCGGCUGGCCCGGGUGCCGCGCAGCCUGCCCGCAGGGCGCUCGGAGCCCGGCGCCGGCGAGGACCGGCGGGCGCGCGGCAUGGAGCCCAUCGCCCAGGGUCCGGGGCCGGGUCCCGCUUCGGGUCCGGGCGAGGACAGCGCCCCGGCCGCGGGCAAGGGGCGCUGGGCGCGGGCGGCGCCGGUGGCCGGAGCGGCUUCGCGGGCGCAGGUCUCGCUCAUCAGCACGUCGUUCGUGCUCAAGGGGGACGCGACACACAACCAGGCGAUGGUGCACUGGACGGGCGAGAACAGCAGCGUGAUCUUGAUCCUGACGAAGUACUACCAUGCCGACAUGGGGAAGGUCCUGGAAAGUUCUCUGUGGCGGUCCUCGGAUUUCGGGACGUCCUACACCAAGCUCACCCUCCAGCCCGGCGUCACCACCGUCAUCGACAACUUCUACAUCUGCCCAACCAACAAGAGAAAGAUCAUCCUCCUGAGCUCCUCGCUCGGUGACCGCGACCAGAGCCUCUUCCUCAGCGCAGACGAAGGCGCCACCUUCCAGAAGCAGCUCGUCCCCUUCUUUGUGGAGACCCUGACUUUCCACCCCAAGGAGGAGGACAAGGUGCUGGCCUACACCAGGGACAGCAAGCUCUAUGCGUCAUCUGACUUGGGGAAGAAAUGGACGCUUCUGCAGGAGCGAGUGACCAAAGACCACGUGUUCUGGGCUGUGUCUGGGGUGGACGCCGACCCUGACUUGGUCCACAUGGAGGCCCAGGACCCCAGUGGAGGUUUUCGGUAUGUCACCUGCCACAUCCACAACUGCUCCAAGGAGACACUGACGGCCCUGUUCGCAGGCCCCAUUGACCACGGCUCCCUGGCCGUGCAGGACGACUACAUCUUCUUUAAGGCAACAUCAACAAACCGGACCAAAUACUACGUCUCUUAUCGUCGCAAUGAAUUUGUCCUGAUGAAGCUGCCGAAGUAUGCAUUGCCAAAGGACCUGCAGAUCAUCAGCACGGACGAGAACCAGGUGUUCGUGGCGGUGCAGGAGUGGCACCAGGCAGAUACCUACAACCUGUACCAGUCGGACCCGCGCGGCGUGCACUACGCGCUGGCGCUGCGGGACGUGCGCAGCUCGCGGCAGGCCGAGGAGAGCGUGGUCAUCGACAUCCUAGAGGUCAGAGGGGUGAAAGGAGUCUUUCUGGCAAACCAAAAAAUUGAUGGGAAGGUGAUGACACUUAUAACCUACAACAAGGGCCGAGACUGGGAUUACCUGCGACCACCCAGCAUGGACAUGAAUGGAAAGCCCACCAACUGUAAGCCUCCAGACUGCCACCUGCACCUGCACCUGCGCUGGGCUGACAACCCCUAUGUAUCAGGCACUGUGCACACCAAGGACACUGCUCCAGGCCUCAUCAUGGGUGCAGGUAACCUGGGCUCGCAGCUGGUGGAGUAUAAAGAAGAAAUGUAUAUCACGUCGGACUGCGGGCACACCUGGCGGCAGGUGUUCGAGGAGGAGCACCACAUCCUGUACCUGGACCACGGCGGCGUGAUCGUGGCCGUUAAGGACACCUCCAUCCCCUUGAAGACGCUCAAGUUCAGCCUGGACGAGGGCCUCACCUGGAGCACGCACAACUUCACCAGCACCUCGGUGUUCGUGGACGGGCUGCUGAGCGAGCCGGGAGACGAGACGCUGGUCAUGACCGUCUUCGGCCACAUCAGCUUCCGCUCGGACUGGGAGCUCGUCAAGGUGGACUUCCGGCCCUCGUUCUCCAGGCAGUGCAGUGAGGACGACUACAGCUCCUGGGACCUCACCGACCUCCAGGGCGACCGCUGCAUCAUGGGCCAGCAGAGAAGUUUCCGGAAAAGGAAAUCCACAUCCUGGUGCAUCAAGGGGAGGAGCUUCACGUCGGCGCUCACGUCCCGCGUGUGUGAGUGCCGCGACUCCGACUUCCUCUGCGACUACGGGUUUGAGCGCUCCCCCUCCUCAGAGUCCGAAGCCAACAAGUGCUCUGCUAACUUCUGGUUUAACCCACUGUCCCCGCCUGACGACUGUGCCCUGGGCCAGACCUACACCAGCAGCCUUGGGUACCGCAAGGCAGUGUCCAAUGUGUGCGAGGGUGGUGUGGACCUGCAGCAGAGCCCAGUGCAGCUCCAGUGCCCCCUCACGCCACCCCGGGGCCUGCAGGUCAGUAUCCGUGGCGAGGCGGUGGCCGUGAGGCCCAGAGAGGACGUGCUGUUCGUGGUGCGGCAGGAGCAGGGUGAUGUCCUGACCACCAAGUAUCAGGUAGACCUUGGGGAUGGCUUCAAGGCCAUGUACGUGAACCUCACGCUGACUGGGGAGCCCAUCCGGCACCGCUACGAGAGCCCUGGUGUCUACCGCGUGUCUGUCAGGGCAGAGAACAUGGCGGGGCACGACGAGGCGGUGCUCUUUGUGCAGGUCAACUCCCCACUGCAGGCCCUCUACCUGGAGGUGGUUCCUGUCAUCGGCAUCAACCAGGAGGUGAACCUCACAGCUGUUCUGCUUCCCCUCAACCCCAACCUCACCGUCUUCUACUGGUGGAUCGGCCACAGCCUGCAGCCACUCCUGUCCCUGGACAACUCUGUGACGACGCAGUUUCCAGACACAGGGGACGUGCGUGUGACGGUGCAGGCCGCCUGUGGGAACUCGGUGCUGCAGGACUCCAGGGUCAUCCGCGUGCUGGAUCAAUUUCAGGUUGUGCCCCUGCAGUUUUCCAAGGACCUGGAUGCCAACAACCCCAACACGCCCGAGUGGAGGGAAGACGUGGGUCUGGUGGUCACCCGGCUGCUCUCCAAGGAGACCAGCGUCCCCGAGGAGCUGCUGGUGACCGUGGUGAAGCCGGGGCUGCCCACCUUAGCUGACCUGUAUGUGCUCCUUCCCCCGCCCAGGCCCACCAGGAAGAGGAGCCUCACAAGUGACAAGAGACUGGCGGCCAUCCAGCAGGUGCUGAAGUCACAGAAAAUCAGCUUCCUCCUGCAGGGCGGGGUCCGGGUCCUGGUGGCCCUGAGGGACACAGACACAGAGUCGCGGCGGCUGGCGGGAGGCGGCGGCGGCUACUGGGCCGCGGCGGUGCUGUUCGUCGUCGGGCUCUUCGCGGCGGCCGCGUUCAUCCUCUACAAGUUCAAAAGGAAACGCCCGGGCAGGACCGUGUACGCCCAGAUGCACAACGAGAAGGAACAGGAAAUGACAAGCCCCGUGGGCCACUGCGAGGACGUCCAGAGCACCAUCCAGGGCAACCACUCCGGUGUGGUCCUGAGCAUCAACUCCCGCGAGAUGCACAGCUACCUGGUGAGCUGAUGGCCAAACCCGCCCAUGCUCCUCUCCGUCGUCCCAUCCCCAGUGGGGGCACAUAGCCACAGCGAAGCCGGCAGCUGGACCAACAUCCCCUCAGAAACCUGCGGAAAAGCCCCUCCUCCAGCUGUCCCCACACCAGGUGACAGGCACUCCUCCCUCCUAUCAAUCCCAGCCCGGCCGGGCCCACGGGACGCCCUGGAGCGCAGCCAACUCUGCCCCUCUGGAGUGCCAGGCUCACCUUGGGGACACCAGGCCCGCCUGGGGCAGGCUCUGCCCUGGACCCCGCAUAGGCCGCCCGGCUGCCCCACGUGUGGCUGUCCGGCCCAGGCCUGGCCUGACUGGCUGAGGCCGGUCCACCCUGGAGCCCGCCCGCUGCCCCGCUGCAAGAACCACCACCCACUCAGACACUCGCACUGCGGCACCUGUCCCUGCAGGGCGCCUGGCCCCUUCCGACUCUGCUUCCCUCGUCCCUCCGCCAUCCCUCUUCAGGUGGCCCAUGCCCCUCCAAAGCCCAGGACGACUUGAGCCGGGCCCUCCUGUCACCACCCUCCAGGGCUGCCGUCCCACCUCCCGUUAAAGUGCAGGCGUGUAAAUACCUCUCUAGGUAGCUGGCUGCGUGGGGUGGGGUUCAGCUUUCUAUUUCAUGGCCUCUGCGUGGCCUCUGGGUUGCUUCGUCAGAGCCCCUUCUCGGGAGCCCCUUUCCCCGAAUGUCCAGGGCGCCCUCCAGGCCCAGAAGCUGGCCCUGGUUUCCCGGGCGCUGGGGGAGGCGUGGGCGCAGGGACCCAGCACUGCAGGUCCUCGCUCCGCCAGCAGGGGGCGCCCCUGGGGCUUUUCCCACCCAACGGCCCCAUUCCACCACGGAAGGAGCCAGCAGCCCCUAGAAGGGUGGCAGGUGGGGGCAGCCCCAGGUGCGCCUCCAUGUCGCCUGAGGACUCGUGUGGAGACCAGGCCAGGAGGGGUUAGGGUGGCACAGCUGGAAGUGCUGUCAGGAGCAUGCCCCUCAUUUAGAAGAAGGGGAAACUGAGGCCCAGGGAGAGGAGUGACUUUCCCAAGGUCACAGCAAGACGGUAGCAGAAGUGUCCCCAGAACCAGACCUCCGCUCCCCAGUGCAGCGUGAGGUCCACUCGCCCAGCUUGCCUAGAAUCAGGGACGCUAGUGCACGUUCAGACACAGGACGUGGGGAGCUCACCUUUUGCCUUGAAGCCAGAAGUCAGCACUUCCCUCCCCUCCCCCUCCUCGUCGCCCUCCGCUUCCCUCCUCCCAGCAGGGCUCUUGGUGGCCACAGCCUCUCUGAGGUGGGGAACACCGGGGUCCAGGCUAGUGACUCGCUGGCGGGGAGUCUGAGUGAAGGUGCGCGUGUUCUCCUGUGCCCCGUGGCAGAGCUUGGGGGCCCUAACCAUCCUCCCCAGGAGAGAGGCAGGACCCAUUAGUGGAGGGCCCAGGGUGAGCCCUCCCGCCCACAACAGUGCCGCAUGAACGCGGCACUCCACCUCUGUUGAGUGACCCAUGGGGUCCAGGUGGGGACUCCAAGACCACAGGGACAAAGGGAGUCACUGAAGCCACACAGCCAAGGUUAGGGUUAGAGUCUCUUGAGCCACACAGUCAGGGGUAGGGUUAGGGUUAGAGCCACUUGGGCCACACAGCCAAGGUUAGGGUUAGGGUUAGGGCCACUUGGGCCACACAGCCAAGGUUAGGGUUAGGGUUAGGGCCACUUGAGCCACA